GGGGGUGGGCACAGCUUGACGCAACGGCCCAGCGGGGAAAAAGCCCCCCCCUCCCCAGACGCUGCGGGGCGUGAGCUGAGGGGUUCUCUCCAUCCAGGGAAGGAGAAACCGAGGCUGAACUCGGGGCACCCUGAUCCUGCGAACCCCAAUCCUGCCCCGGGGACGCGCCUCCCCUCUCCCGUCACCCCGCUGCAGCACCAGGGUGGGGGGGGUCCCCACGUCCUUCCCCAGCUCCUGGGGGGGGUGCUCCCGGCCGAGGCAGCAGCCUCGCAGCGGCACCCUGUGGCGGGGAGGAAGAUGAGGCCGAGGUACCUGGAUGUCCUUGUGCAGCAGCUCCUUGACGAGGCGCUUCAGGGAGAUGGAGACGUUCUCCGGGAAACCGCCCUUACGGUUCAGCAACGGGAUUUUGGAGGUGUCCCGGGCACCGCCAUGGCGGCCCCCCCUCCCUCCGCCCUGCAGCGGGAGCGACAGCGAGCGGCCGACAUCAUCCGCCUCCUGACGCUGUACCGGCCCCUGCUCGACGCCUACGUCAUCGAUUUCUUCGCCGAGGGGCUCUGGGCUCGCCUCCCCCCGCCCUGGCAGGCCGCCUUGGCCACCGCCGCCCCCCCGCAGCUAGCCGGGCUCCUGGGGGGCCGGGGGGGGCCGGGGGCCACCUGGCCCCUCUCCCUCCUGGCCUUCGCCGCUGCCGCCCGGGCCCUCGCCUUCCCCCGGGGGCGGCCGGGGGGGGCCCCGCGCCCCCCCUGCCAGAGCGCCCGCCUGCACCCCCUGCUCCGCCGCCACGUCAAGCCCAAGAAGCAGCACGAGAUCCGGCGCCUGGGGAAGCUGCUGCAGCGGCUGAGCCAGGCCACCGGCUGCGACCACGUGGUGGACGUCGGAGCGGGGCAGGGCCACCUCUCGCGGUUCCUGGCCUUCGGCCUCGGCUUAUCCGUCACGGCAGUGGAGGGUGAUGGCCGCCUGGCCGCCGCGGCGGAACGCUUCGACCGGGAGCUGCUGCAGGAGCUGGGCAAAAUGGGGGUGCCGGGAAACGAGGGGCCCCCCCGGCGCCGCCAGAACCCCCCCCGGCACCCCCCGUGCGCCCUCACCCCCCGGGGCCCGCGCCACGUGGCCGGUCGCCUGGACCCCGGGGUUCCCUGGGGGGAGUUCCUGCUGCCCCCCGACCCCCCGGGGCCGGGGCCCCUGGCCAGAAACCCUUUGGGGGGCGCAGGGGGGUGCGAGGGGGGGCGGCGGGCGCUGGUGACGGGGCUGCACGCCUGCGGGGACCUCAGCCCGGCCCUGCUGCGUCACUUCGCCCGCAGCCCCGCCGUGGCCGCCGUGGCCUCGGUGGCCUGCUGCUACAUGAAGCUCUCCACCGUCCCGCAGCCCCCCGGUUGCCCCCCCGGCUACCCGCUGAGCACCUCGGUAGCCGCGUUACCGGGUCACGAGCUUUCCUACCGGGCGCGAGAAGCCGCCUGCCACGCGCUGGAGGAGUAUGAGGGGCGGUUGGACGGGGAGAGCGGCCGCCUGCGCGCCCACUGCUACCGCGCCGUCCUCGAGACCCUGAUCCGGGCGGCCGACCCUGGCAUGAAGCACCCAGGGGUGCAGACGCGUGACGUCACCUUGCAGGUACGCCCGGCUGGGCUUGCCCCGCGUGGGGUUGGAUCCGGCCACCGUCUCGCUGGAUUCGGAAGCCGUCGGGGCCAUGCUGGACCAGCAACACAAGGUUGUGGCUUUCUUCAGCCUGACCCUGCUGCUGGCCCCGCUGGUGGAGACCCUCAUCCUCCUCGAUCGCCUGCUCUACCUGCGGGAGCAAGGGUUCCAGUGCGCCCUCGUUCCUCUCUUCGAUCCCCGGUUCUCCCCGCGCAACCUGGUGCUGGUGGCCGCACGGACCCCCCUGGGCGCGGUGCUGUCGGGUCUGGACGAGGACAGCGGCGAGGACGAGGACCCAGCGGGGGCAGAGCCCCCCGGGGAGCGGCGUGGCCCCCUGGCUCCCAGCGCCGCGCGCGAACCGCAACAAAAAUAAAACCGAGACUUUGUACGGCUCAGGGUUCGGCGUGA